AUGUUUGGGUUCAGACUAAUUCUAGCUAUUUUUGUUUUCAUUAGAGGAUUUCAUGGAUGUGAGUUUCUAAUAUAUAAUGCAAUAUAGUGUAAAAAUUAAAGAAAAUAAGUAACGUGAAAAAAUUGUUGUUCAAAAUGUGUAAACUGUAGAUUUUUACUCAACAAUUUCUAAUGUUUUGUUUUCAGAUAUAAUUGGAAAUGGUGUAUAUCUCACACCAUUUUCUGAAUCGAUUCCAACAAUAUACAAUCCAUACGCCGAUUCAAUAGACCUUCAACAAGCAUACGAUCCAUACGAAACAAUCAAUUCACAACAACCAAACUCCAAUCCUACAAUCUACAAUCCAUACAAUUUUCUGUUAGGCAACAACCAAGUGCCUUGGUUGGCAAGAAAAUGA